AUGGAGGAAAACUCGUCUGAAGAAUCGCUUGAAUCUUUGGCUCACCUCAGCUUGGAUAGGCCGCGUCAGCAGAGCGACGUCCGAAAUUUAUGGACCACAGCCACGCUGUCCCAGUCACAGUUGGUGCCGCCGUCCAAUGUCUCCGAAUACUCAGAGACCGGCGUUGACUUGGAUACCCCUGAAUGGAUAGCCGAGGAAAGGCGCGUUUCUCUGACCGGUGAUCACAGCUUAAACCAGGAGUCGGAAAAGUCUUCCUCCGUGUCAUCAUUUACUCUCACGAAUCAGACACCUCAUGUUGCCUACUGGGCAGAGCAGCAAAACAGGCUGCCACUACCCUUGACUGAACUCAUGGAGAAUGAAGCUCUGGAAAUUCUCACCAAGGCCCUCCAGAGCUACAGGUCGGGAAUCGGCUGGGACCACUUUCUGACCAAGGAGCUCCAGCGUAACAUCGACGGGCUCAAGAAGCGCCGAAACAAGAGAAUGUUGUACGUCUCAGAACCCAAGCCCACCCCCGAGCGCGCGGAAUCUGAGCCCGAGAGAAAUAAAAGAGUCUAUGAAUGGUCCGUGAGUCAGUGCGUGGCUGCCCGCGUGAGGCGGACGCAAGGGGCCCCUCCUUCGCCCGUGACCUUCAGACGUUCUUAUUCCCUGCGCCGCUCCGCGACUCCUCCGACCCCGCCCCCUCGGUUGUCGCGUAUGCAGGUGCGCCUCUGUUACUCCGAGGCGGCUGGCAUAGGGCGCCGGGCUCCGCCCCCUGCUUUGCAUGCGCACGGCGGCCCCGCCUCCGCUGUCAGCUGGAGGAAGCGGAGUAGGAAGCGGCCGCGAUGUCCUUUUGUGUCCUACAAGCCGCCGGCGGCGCCGCCGAGUGAGGGGACGCGGCGCGGCGGAGCGGCGCGGCCCGAAGAGGCGGCGGAGGACGGGCCGCCCGCGGACUCCGGCUUACCCCGGCGCUCUGGGCCGCUUGGCCCCCAUGACUGCCCGCCCGCCCAGCCGGAGCCCCAGGUCCGGGGGCGGAGGGGAGCGCCGCCGGGGGCGGGCGGGGCGCGGGGCCAUGUGCGAGCGCGGCGGGGGGCGGGGGUCCUGGCCCGUCUGGGUCUCGGUCUCGACCCUGUUGAGAGUCAGGAGGGGCUAGGUUCCGGACAAGGUCCGGCGUCGGGGUCCUGGUGGGCCGGCCUGUCUCUCUGGUUCCGGGCCCGCUCAGGCUGGGGCCUCAGAUCUAGCCCCAGGACAGGGUCCAGACCAGUACCUGGGACCAGCCGAGGUCCCAGGGGUGAGCUGGAGUGGAAGAUGGGGAGGUUCCAGGUCGGGCCGGGGGCUUUGAGGACCACGUGGGGGCGCUAG